AUGAUGUAUCCGCAUCCACAUACUCCUACUGCGCCCACAUCGAAUAACUUCGUGCUCGAGAAUCAAUUAUCUCAGGAAAUUCCAACAACAACUGUCCGACACUUCUUAGACCUAUUUGAUACAGACAAAAUGGCCAAGUCGAAAGGGAAACGGAAGCACGAAGGAUCACAAAAUGAUGUGACCACCAAAAGGCACAAAAAUACUACAAUCAUCACCCCACCACCCGAAAAAACUUCCUCCCAGGUUAAAGACGAGCAUAGGACGAUCCAGGCCAUAGGUCUGCACGAAGAUGACCUCGAACUCGCGAUUGAUACACUUCAUACUCUAGCGGGCAAUCCAACUGUGAUAAAGUCGAAGGCGUGCAAAGACCUGCGGACUGCAGUAUAUGAAUUCCGCCAGGCAUGCACAACUGGCUUCAAUGCCGCAGUCGAUACGAAUCUCACGGCGCGAAUAAGCGGCGCUCUUGCGGAUGGAGGAUAUACUGAAGCGCGGAUCCUUCUGGCUGAGAUGCGGAUAAGAGGGCAGACACCGAAGCUGGGCGCGCUGUGUCGAUGGGUACGGGAUCUCGACGUUGUCAGCGGCUUAGCAGAGCAAAUCGGGGGCAGCUCCAAGAGGACAUCGCGCGAGGAGAGUUUACUAGUUGUGCUCGAUUCAAUUCUUAGAGUUGCGGGACCAAUUGAUUACACUGAGGUUGGAACAACGGUCACAGGGCCAAUUGCCCCUAGGAAGGCAUGGGACCUGAGGAACGGUUCUACGAGGCAACAAGUAUAUGCAAAUGUGCUGGAUGGCACGAUUCCAGCUUUACUAGCAGGAAAUGCCCAGCUCCAAUUUCGAACCAUCGACACCACUCCGGGCUUGCAACGAAAACCUCCAAAUUUACAUCCCGCCAUCCUCCAUGCUUCGAAAGACGAUGCUAUAGCCCUCUCCAGUGCAGCACCGAAAACAACUCACCACAAACACCCCGUCGUUCCGAACCUACACUUACUGAAAGAUGUAUUGGCACCCGAAGAAUGCACGCAAAUAAUUGCUGCAGCAGAGGCGAUAGGGUUUACGCCCGAUGCCCCAAUUCGCGGUGAGGGUGAAGAGAGCAGUAUCCUGGCACAUAAUUUCUACUGGAUUGUGGAUACCGCGUUCUGCACAAAACUCUGGCAAAGGGUUGAACCUUUCGUCCCCGAGAAAAUGGGGAGCAAGAGAGUCCGAGGACUAAAUCGAAGAUUCAGGGUGUACAGAUAUGUCCCUGGGGCUGAGUAUCGUGCCCAUAUUGAUGGUGCUUGGCCUCCCUCCUCAAUAUCCCCUAACGAUACCUAUAUCUACGACGACUCUCCUCCCAACGCGAAACAAUCUUCUCUAUUUACCUUCCUUAUUUAUCUAAAUGACGAAUUUGAAUCCGGAGAAACCACUUUCUUCCUGCCCAGCGCGCGGGAGGGGGUGAUGAAUGCAUAUCCCGUCAAGCCCAUUCAAGGAAGUGUGGCUAUGUUCCCUCAUGGUGAGACCGAGGGUAGUCUACUACAUGAAGGCACCGGCGUUGGUCGAGGAGCUACUCCGUCAGCCAAGUACGUUAUACGUACCGAUGUGCUCUACGAUGUUGAUCCAGAGCAAUGA